AUGUCCCUCGUCGCUCGCAGCGAGUACGCCCUGCACCAGCUCGUCAAGCGCAAGAACUGGGCCCAGCGUGAGCCCGGUGUCAUUGUCGUCCUCGUCAUUGUCUUCCUCGUUGCCGUCCUGGUCAUCGCCAUGUUCAUCAACAAGAGAAGGCAAGCCGCCCAGGCAGGCGUCAUCAUUUCCAAGUAA